AAUAGUUGUGCCUGUUGACAACGGAAAGUGUGGAAACGAUUCAAGACUCCUUUAUUACAGAUCAUUUGUGAUCUGUUUUCUCAAGUUGCUAUGAAUUUUGAGCCAUGAGCUACAUGUACUGAUAUAAAAUGUGACUGACAAUAUAGCUGCAGUUGUUUGAAUUAUUAUAUCAGUGAACAUUAUCUUCUGUGCGUAUAUAAAUGUACAUUUGAGCUGUGCAGUAUGGUUCUCCUGAACGCCAUGUCCAAUGACAGGCUGCCUGGACUGAAAGAAUGGAGAUGGAGCAAAGACAUGUUGGAUAGUGCUGUCAGGUUUGAGGUGGAAAAGACACGUGGUAAACCAAGCAUACUGUGGCAACAAGAUAAUCCAAAACCAAAUGACAGAAAGUUUGGCUACAAGAAGAAGGAUAUGAGACACCCGGUAAGAAAACCGCAGCCGGAGGAACCUGUCUCCACUUACUCAACAGUUAGAAACGGCAGGUCGCCCGAGAACUUCAUCAAGAAGAACCGAGACAGUCUGGGCCAGCCGGCCUCCAACUCGACGACGGGGUCGAAGCUCAAUCCAAACACUGUGACGUUGACACAAGAACAGUUAAAUGCUAUCCUUGCAUCUGUUGGUAGGCUAAAUUCUUCGGGCACAGAUAGUGAACUUCAUUUGAUUAUAGACAAUGAGAACAAUGAAAUACAUGUUAAAAAAUCUCCAAGAACGAUGAAUGGUGAAGAAAGCUUGAAUCAAGACUGUGGAGAUAGCAAUGUGUUGUCUCUCGCUGACUAUGAUAAACACUAUGCAGUCAAUGAAUCCAGGUAUCUUGGCCAAGGCUACUCAUAUGACAAUGGUACUCAUGAUAUAAAGAAAGAUGUAUCUUUGGGAUCUCGUGACCACACAGACAUCAACGGAACUACUGAAACAAAUUCAGGAAUAGACUUACCCCCCUUGGUGCAUAAAAAUCACAUGACUGUUGGAGAAAGGAAGAGAUUGCAAUGGGCAAGAGAAAGAGGUGAACAGCAAGGAGCAUCAGACCCAUUUAGCCAGCACAGAACGUAUCAAAACACAAGCACGUUAAACGGUCCCUUCUACACGGAACAUAGCUUACCAGCAACAAAUGGCACCAGUGCUCCGUUGCCCCGGAGAGCUGUAGUUGAGCCUAGAAGUCGGCCGGCUGAGAGUGAGAAAGCAGACACAUAUGACCCGUGGGGCAAACCAGGGGGUGGUGCAAGACAUGCCCAGCUUGUUAAACCAGAGGACUCUGCUUCAGCCACAAAGUAUGACUUUAUGGGUCGACCCGUGCAAGAGAAUGCAUUGAUUCAGGACAUGUAUGAUGUAAAACCACAAAAAAGUCGUGAUUCAAAGAAAGAAUGGAUGGCUGAGCUUGAAAAGCAAAUGCAGGAGCAGAAACAGAGAAAGCUGAAAGAACGUCAGGAGGAGAAAACUCUUGGAGACAUGUCCUGGCUAGACCGGUUUACAGCAGACUACAAACCCGCUCCUCUGCCAGAACAGCUGACAAGUGUGCAGGACAGAUUAUCCAAGUUGGAUGUGAUAUAAGAAGUAAUAUUCGCAAUAGACAGUCUUCAUCUGUAUGUUUACAGAGUUAUAUUUAAUAUAACUUGCUAAAUGUAACUUUACAAAUAGCAGUUCUUCAUCUGAUUCGAAGCAUUACCUUCUGUUUUUCUUCUUCUCUUUUUCCCCCCGUUUAUUUCUUGUUUCACUCUUAGACUGGGUGUCUCAAUUAUAUGUGGCAUCUAAUAGCCAGUGAGUGAUUAACAGUAUGCGGUGAUAUCAUUAAACAGACGUAUAUUUUGCUAUUUGUUUCCAUGAGUGUAAAAUACACUUAAACAUGUUUUCGUGUUGCUUGUUCUGCGAGUAGCACGUUUCUAACAAUCACUAAGACAGUUAAACAUGAAUGCCUUGUUCAGUAUUAUUAGAUAUCCAUUAAUGACUUCACAUUUGGUAUCUAUUUUUUAAAAUGUGGUCUUGCCAAAAUUGUUUCAUAUAGAUUUUAAUUUUACCAUUACCAAAUACCCAUUGAAGCAUUACACAACCUUCUCUCCAUGCUGUUUAUACGCAUUUUGUGAUAACCAAGACAUUAUUUUUUUUGUGUUGACUUCGCAAUUUUGUGGUAAUUUCUUAUUUGCUGAACCUAUACAUUUUUGUAUCUGUUGAUUUUUUAAGUUAUUGGCACCCCAUUAUAGUUGAUGGUUUGUAGAAGUGUUAUUAAUUUUUAAGAUAUUUAUUAAUUUAACAUUAUUGUUUGUAAUUUUUAUCCACUUGUUUUUAUGUAUAGACAUAAACUAAAAGAUGCCCCAUUCAUAAAUCUAUAUUAAUAAAUGUGAAGCAAUUCUUAGGGUACAAUCACUAGCAUAAUUCAGUUUGUAUCUAGAAUGACAGUUUGCGAAAUAUAAGCUUGUUAAAUUUUUGUUAAUAUAAAACAUUCAGUAAUCUAGUGGUUCUGGUGUUAAAAAUGCUUCCCAGUAGACGUUUAUUAAACUUCAAAUUAAUAAUGCAAUAAUAUACACUUUGGUCAUAUAUUUAUAUUUGACAUGCACACAUUACAAUUCCUAAUUGUAGAUUGUUUUUCCUUAUUGCAGAGAAAAUCUUCCACUGCUGUCUUAUCAUUUGUUAUAUUGUAAUAUCUUGCAAGUGUUUAUAGAAUUAUUGUACAUAUGCAUAGCUUCUUUGUGUUUUGUACAUUGAAUUGCUUGUAUAAUCAGUUAUAAGCUGAUCAGUCUGUGCUUGUAAAACUUUUAGAGUCUUAGAUUUAAGCCUAAUAUAUCAGAAUCUGACACCUUAACGUUCUCACAAUGCCAUACAAAUUGUAUGCAUGUGACGUCAUUCAUGGUUUUGAGGUUUAGACUUUUAAAUGUUUUAUAAGCACAGGUCCAGGACUUGAACUGCAUGCAGUUGUUUUAAGAGGAGUCUACAUUCUAAGUCCCAAGUCCAAGUUUAGCCACUAAAUGUAUAGAAAUCAUAUAUUUGGCUGAACAGUUCAAAUCAUUCUUACAAUAUGUUACCCACAAGUUGCAAUGCUAUAUGUAUUAUAAUGUUACAGUACCAUUAUUUUUUGUGCCUUAUUAAUUCCUUACCGGUCCAACUGGAGGAGAUUAUAGGUUUCAUAUCCAUCCUUCUGUCCAGCCAUCUGUCCAACACAGUUUCUGGAAAAAUUUCCUCCAGAUAGUGAGCUGAAAUUUUAUUUAUAGCUUUAUCAUGUACUGUUACAGAUCAAGUUUGAGUUUCAUGGUAAUUUACUCACUUUUGACAGAGUUAUGGCCCUUGAACUUAAGGAGCUAAUAAAAGUUGACUAAGUAGGGGACACGUAUUGCUUUUGCAGUACUCUCAGAAUGCUUCUUUACUUUAAUAUUCCUUUUAUUAUGCCUUAUGACUUCUAAACAUGCAUUCAAUCCUUUCGGUAUUUUGUAGAUUCCAUUUUUCUGUAUAUUUUUUGAAAUAUUAACAAUUUUUUAAAUCCUGUCCAGUAUUUGUUUAAAUCUUAAUACUCAUCUGUAUCCCUUUGAUCACUCUUUUUGCAUUAAGUCACAUACUUCAUCCACUAUGCUUUACAAGUAAAAUAAACUGACACUGAAAAAAACUGUCAGCUUUUGAGUUGACUCAGUCUGUAUAGAGUUAUUGGUCAUUUCCUUGGAUAAAAUCCUCCAUGACUUAAGACAUGUGAGAAAAUAUACCAUAGUGAAAAGUUGUGUAGUGAACCAUUUUGUAUUGUUGAAGUACAUUAUGAAUUUAAUAUUUUCAUAUAAUUCAAUGUAUUCGCACAGAGCAUAAUGAGGUGAUCAGUCCUUGCAGUCUGUACAUGUAUACGCAUUAUGUGGCAUGAGAAAUGUAAAAACAGAAACCGAUAAAACUAGUCUUGUUCAUCUGAGUGUGCAGGUCAUGAGAAUAAUGUUAUCAGUGUCACAAAUAUGGAUAGAUGUUGUAGAUGCAUCUCCAUUCAUGAUGGUUGAAAAAUAAUUAAUGGCCGAGGUGUACAUCAUAUAUAAAUCCAUGCAUUUUCGUAGGGUUCUGAAAUACAUAAUCCGUCCAUUGUUAUUAUUGAAUCAGAAUGUGAUAAUCGAUAGAGACAGAAAUCCGUCCAUUUCCUAUGUUUUGAAAAAAAAAUUGAAAUAAAAAUGCAUUUUUUCAUGCAAUUGCAUUUGGAUCUGUCCACACCACUGAGAUGGUUUCUGUUGCUAGAUCUAGGGCUUGCAACUCAAAAUAGUUUGAAAGUUGUAGCAGUACAAAGGUGUAAAAUGAGAGAGAGAGACAGACAUAUGGAUAGAAACAGACAGACAGAUAUAUAUAUAUAUAUAUAUAUGAAACCUGCCAACACACGGGCUACUCCUUCCAAAAAGAAGUAAGGGAUAUUUUAUAUACACUUUGUAAUGACGAACCACAGCCUUUGAUGUACAAGUCACAAAGCACUAGUCGGGAUGGGAAAAACCUAAGUGCACUAAGGGUGAUCUAUUCUUGAACCCAUUACCCUUCAGUGGAGUGCUCUACAUCUGAGCUAUAUCCCACUCAGUUUGUUAUCAGUACGUGUUUUAAGCAUUUACCAUGCAGUUAAUUGAUGACAAGAAGGGAAUCCUCUUUUUUUUCAAAAGCAGAUAAAAAGUUUGAGUUAGUCAUGUUUCUCUAAUGUUAAGUGUGUUCUUGUUCCAGCCAUUGCACCAUAACUGGUAUAUCAAAGGCCAUGGAAUGUGCUAUCCUGUUUGUUGGAUGGUGUAAUAUAAAAGAUCCCUUUCUACUAAUGGAAAAAUGUAGGGGCUUUCCUCUUAAAUGACCAGAUGUUUGACAUUAGGUAACCCAUAAUUAAUAAUUCAAUGUACUCUAGUGCUGGUUUUUUUAAACGUGCCUUACGUUAAUACUACUUAUGUUUUGGGGUAUGGAACUAAAUUUUCCUACAACUGCUGUACCUCAACACAUAAUAUAAAAAUAUUUACGACUGCUUUGUGUUACAAAGUGCUGACUGAAAACAAUAUUGCUCAUUGUUAGACGACCUUUCAUUUGACUAAUCAAACCACUGCUUGCAUAAAUCUGUCAGCAGCUUGAUGUAUUUGCAAUUAGUUGAUGAUAAAAAGUUGACUCGAGACAAAUGUGGUCAGGGCCCGUGCUUAUAAAACUCAAUCUCAAAUAACGUCACACACAUGCAAUUUGUAUGGCAUUGCUAUGACGUUACUGUCUCGGAGUAUAUUAGAGUCUCGAGUCUAGACUAAAAAGUUUUAUAAGCACCAGGCCUGAUCUAGGCUACUAACAGAGAACACCAAUCCGGCAGAUAUCAAGAUCCGAUUUCAGUCAGUUCGGUGUCAUAGAAUAUCCAUUUUGAAUUAGUUAUCAUGCUUUAUUUUUAACAUUCACUUCAUGGAAAUCCGUCCAUUUUAUACUAGUACUAAACAGAGUACUUUUAUUAGUUUUUAUUGUUAUUUUUAGUGACAACAGAACCAUAAUCAAUUUUUAUCAUUGUAUAUAUGAUUCAAUAUAUUUGUUUGUUAUGCAUUUCAAAUUGAUUGUACAAAGUGUGUUCAAUUAUAUUGUGAAAAUAUUAAAAAUUAUAACACCUUCAAA